AUGGCCGGCGGACGCAGAAGAUCCACCCGCAUCGCCGCGAAGCCGGCGCCUGUCCCCAAGCCGGAACAGGACUCCAAUAGCGAUAGUUCGGACAACUCCUCGUCCGACAUGGUGCCAUCUUUACCCUCAUACCCCGAAUCUGACUCGGACGACGCCUACACCGGCGGCUCCGACGCUUCCGCCGCCGCCGACGACGAUGCCAUAGACGCCGCUUCGGACCUGGCCUCCGACACCCUCGACCUCGGCGAGCCGACGAAGCGCUCGCACACCAAGUCGACGAAGAGCAAGAAGGGUGCUGCUGCCGCCGCUGGCACAUCCACAUCCAUUGCCGCCACCGCCGCCAUCGACACGCGCAGCCAGGAGCUCAUGGAGAAGCGGCGACGUGCGGAAGAGAAGGCACGGCUGCUCCCCUCAUACCGCGGGGCGGCGUGGCUGCUUGCGCACCCGCCGCGCAAGGCCAUCAGGCAGGCGCGCGAUAGCGCGACGAUGACCAUGGAGCGGUCGUGGAUGAACCGCCGGAUGCCGUUUGCGUUCAAGAACAACAAUACGCGCAUGCGGACUAGCUGCGGCAUUGAGUUGUUUUCCAAGAGGCCGAUCAGGGACGGGCCUGUUGCUGGCGGUGCUGCUGGCAAGGACAAGAAGGGUGAGGGGAAGAAGAAGGGGGGUGCCGAUGGCGGCAAGAAGAAGUUUGGCGACUGGUCGAGGCCGGAGCAUGGGGUCAACGAGUUGAACCUCCAGCCGGACUUUGUCAAGUUCUUGUGGGAUGACGGCAUGCCGGGCGAGUCGGUCAAGGAGCCGGUCGACAUUACUGAUCGACAGGUUGUUCGCUGUGAUGAGAACUUUGGCCUUCAUCGCCAUGCGAAUGAUGGCGAGCACCCAGACGGCUUCACGUGCUGCGAGAGUCGCAAGUCACAUCUCGACUUGUACAUGAAGCUGCGCCGCAGGGAGCUGGAGUCUGACCAGCAGCAGGGGCAGGAGGCCGGCGAGGACGAGAGUGACGACGAGUCUGAGGACGAGUCGGGCAAGAAGAAGGGGAAGUCCAAGGCGACGAAGAAGACGAGGAAUCGCCGCAACAGCGCACGGUGGACAGCCAGGAAAGCGAAGAUCACCGACAAGCUCGUCCUGGAAGAGGUCCACACCUGGGAGGAUCACGACUUUGCCAUCUGCGUGGCAUGCGACGACGAGCAACUUUACCACCUGACCCCCAAGGCCGGCGAUGGCCACUUCCACGGCGCCCUCGUCCCCUUGUGCCAGGACUGCUCCCUCCUUGCCGUCGACCAAUACGGCUUCGGUUUCAAUGGCUGCGCCUGCGACCAGGAGCGGCGCUGCCUCAACCAUCGUAUCGAGCACCUGGAGGAGCUGGCCGACGUCCGCGACGCCUACGUCAAGAAAAACCAGCCCAAGGGCGACCACCCGGCCCUCCGCAUCUACAACAAGCUGCACAGGAAGGCGGACAAGAAGGAGGCUGCCGGCGACGAGGACUUCAUCUACCCCGAAGUCACUCCCGUCUGCCCCAACUGCAGGACGAACUUCCCGCCGCCUGUCCCGACUCACUUCGCAUACAGCUGCAUCCAAUGCGAACAGGAGGUCGUCAUUCCGGCUCCUGACGAGACCAUGGACCUGGAGGAGGGUAGCAGGUGGCAGUCCGUCUGCGAGGAGCCGCAGUCCUUCGUCGAGAACCUAGGACAGCCCGUUGCGCGCUCGCUGCCCAUGCUGGAGCAGAAGGGGGACUGGAACCCGCGCUGGGUGGACAUCUUCAAGCAGUUCGCUGCGAACCAACGGCCCGAGGACGUCGAGUCCGACUUUGGCUCUGGCGGCAGCGAUGCUGCUGCUGCUGACGACGAGCUGGCGGCUUCCAACGACGCCGACGUCGAACAGCACGACGACACUCCGGUGACGACGACCAUUGACGACGUUGCCGACAACGGCCUCACUCCUGAAGAGGAGUACCACCUGAACCUCGCCGGCGCCAUGGACCCGUCCACCGCUCCCACCACUACCACUACUUUCCCCACGCCAACCGACACCACGACCGAGCAGCAGCAGCAGGAGCCCGGCGAGAAGAAGAGCACCAAGCGCAAGCGCGCCUCUGGCUCCUCUUCCCCUGGUGCCAUAGAUGCUCCCAUGAGCAGCAGCAGCAGCAGCAGCAGCAGCCCCACCACCGCUGCUGCUCCGGACGACAGGACCUCCGAGCGGCCGAUCAAGCGGAUGCGCAGCGCGUACUUUGAUCGUCACCUACCGGCUGAGUCUGCAGGAAUUUUCAGCGGCGGCGGCGAUGAUGGUGUUGUGCGUGGUGAGAGCGAGGAGGAGGACAAGGAGGACGAGGAGGUGUGA